UUGUAAUUUUCCUUUUUUUUUUUAUGCGGUAGUCUGCAGAAAAUUUCAUAGGCUAAAGCCCAUUUUUGUGCAUCACAGGAACACAGAGUUGACCCACUUUCUCACUCUAAAAAUGUACACUCUCUCUCUCUAAAACCCCAUGGCGUCAGGCACCAUGAUCGUGAUAGGCCUGGUUUGGGGCGCCACCAAUGCCCUCAUGCGAAGGGGCGCUCUCAUUUGGGACCAAAAGCUACGCCUCAAGCCCAAACCCACCAAACCACUUUCUCUCUCUAGACUCCUCACAAGGUACUUAAAGGACUGGUUUUUCCUUCUAUUAACAUGGCAAUACUCUCUUCCCUUCUUAUUGAAUCUCACGGCCUCUGCUUCUUUCUUCUUUGUUUUAAGUGAAACCCCAAUUUCAGUUGCAGUUCCUGUAACAAAUGCUGUUACUUUUGCCUCUACUGCUCUUUUCGCCAUGGUUUUAGGUGAAGAGAUGCGUGUUUUGUAUGCUUUAAUGGGUACAGCUCUUAUUACUUUGGGGGUUUGGCUCUGUAUUUCAUCCAAUCAAUCCUAGUUGGGUUUUUAGUGAGAGACCGGGCGUUUGAAUUUGGUUUUGAGAGAUAGAGAGAGCUAUUUACUUGUUCUUCUUUUGUGUCAAUAAUUAUGGGUUCCUUCUUCCUUUUUUGUUGUGGAAUUUGAUGGAUUGAGAGAUUGUAAGUUUUGAAGUGGCUUGAAUAUUCUUUUCAUUUCAAUUUUCCAAUGGAUAGCAUGAAUCUGUGUUUAUUUUGCUUCUGAUUUUAUUUGAAAAUCUUAAUU